GAGCGAUCACACAGACGUCAACAGCAACGAGUUUCACGCUUACUGCUUGUCUCUCGCUACGUGGGUCAAUGUAGAUGUGAUGAUCAAACGAAGGGAGUGAUCAUGACGCUGAUGAUGUCAGUUAAGAGUGCUUGUGAGCUUGGAUGGUUCACUCAGAGAGAAUCUCAACAACUGUUGGCUCUUGUAGACUCCAUGUUGACGAGUUUCACCGGUUCUGAAAACGUCCCCUCUAGUCCAACUCCUAACGGCUCCGUCAGUCUAAUUCCUCAGGUCAUGGAAAGGUUCUAUCCAUUUUUGAAGCUGGGGCAUAUUCUUGUUUCUUCUGAAGCAGAUGUAGAAUCAUUCGCUUUGGCGAAGCCCUUCCAUAUAUCAAAGAACAUUGUGGAACAUUCUCCUAGACCGAGACCGAGAGUAGGACUAUUUGUUUUCCGAACAGAUGAUAUAAGCAACUCUAGUUGUAUUAUACAUCCUCAAGAAGUCAGCUUUUCAUUGAAUGGAAGGGGCGUUGACAAGAGACAUAUCAGCUCAAUGGAUUCAAGGCCGCAGCGUCCAACGAAUCUUUAUAACAUGCUCGUCCACGGGACAAAUCUUCUGAAACGUAUUUACAGUAAACAUACCUCUUGCUAGACAAGGUAGAUGGACUUGUCUUCCUUUCCUCUCAGGAAGGCUUAUUCUGUACCCUUUAUGCAAGAAGGUAUUAAAACAUAUCUUUGACAUCUAAUCAGCCUGCAAUAUAUCCCUGUCCAUCUUAUUGUAAGAUGGGUUCAGUCAUCCGCAACAGAUAUGAAAAACAGUCGAACCUUGUUCACAAUCAGAGCCUGUUCAUGGCUUGAGAUGUCACAGCUAACGUAAAAGGCCUGCAACUUUCGGUGAAAGAAAGAGAUGGUUGAGAGAUUUACCUGCAACUUUGAGUUACAUACAUCUUAUCAAUGUGAAAUCAAAAUCAAUACAAUCAUAAUCCAUGUAAAGUUGGGUUCUUAUGCAGAUCUAGAUAUACACAACAGGGUGUGUGUUACUAACAACAAAGAGUUAUCAAUCAUUCACUUUGAGAUUGGAGAAAAACCUGAGAGAUGCCAAAGUAGAAAACUUGCUUCAGUGAUCGAGAGAGCGAGAGAGAUAGAGACAACGCCAAUCUGAGAAGCAAUGGUGGCGGUGGUGGUGACGAGCGGCCGUGUUACCGUCACUGCAACUCCGACAGCAGCUCCUUCGUGGCUUCGUCUCCUCCUCCUCCAUUAACACUUCAAUCUCAAUUUCAGAAGAAACCAAAUCACUUUUGCAAAACCCAUACUAGAACAAAAAAAAUAUUUCUACCUAAACCAAAUAUUUUGGUGCCAAAUGUGAUUUUUCUCUAACUAUUUGGCGCUCAUAAGUGUUGAAAGAGAUAAAAAAAAAUUAUAUUUUUGAGUU